AUGGAACAUAAAGACUGCGACGAUGACCAGAACCAUGCCAUCAAUUUCUACACGUGUCCCCUGUGUAAUGAGGAUAAACUCUCACUUGAAGCAUUAUACGACCAUUAUAUCCUGCACCAUCACCUGCAGCAGCUGGAGUCCGGUGAAGAGAAGGUGAAGUUUCGCUGCCCAGUUUGUGUUUGCUUCCGGCUAGAGAAUUCGACGGAGUAUGUCGAUAAUGACGACGGUGAAGAUGUCCAGCAGCCUGAUUGCCCGAUUUGCUUCGAGGAAAUGGAUGACAGUGAUUGCCGUAGUACGUCUUGCAAUCACCAGUUCCACCGUCAUUGCAUUGGUCGUUGGUUGGAGAAUAAUUCAGAAUGCCCGAUAUGUCGAAAGAAUUGUAAGUGA